ACGCCUUCAUUUCCCGAGGACGGCUUCGUCUGAAAGGCGGGGCCGGUCAGAGGUCACCGCGGCAGACAUGGCCAGCCAAGAGUUGCGCGGAGAGCUGAAGCACCGUGACGGAGAGACGAGAGCAGUCACGUUAGCGGUUUCUAGCACCCUACCGGCUCUCCUUCACGGUGUCCGACAGCUGAGGGAGCAGGUUGCCGUAGUGCUCAACGAGCUGGUGGAGCACGAGAAGAGUGGCGCUUUACAGACAACAAGCACACCGCAGUCGGACGAUGAAGAAGAGGAAGAUGACAGCGAUGAGGAAGAUGGUGAUGUGAAAAUCAAAAAGUCUCACUCCACGCCUCCACCUCCUAAACGGAAACGGCAAAACCCACCUUUGAAUCCCAAGAGCUGCACCUAACAUCUUCUUCUGUAGUCUACUUCAAGCGAUAUAGGUUGGACAUUUUAUAUCUUUUGAAAGAUGCCAUUUAUGUUGAAAUUUUUCGGUUUAGCAGAUUAAACUUUUUUUGUCAAAGGUAAUCUUUUUUUCCCAAAUCUGGUCGGUCCUGUUAACUGACUUGACACCCGGACCAACAAUUUCACCUCAUCUUAUUUAGCUUACACAGUAAACACACUGGGAGUGUUCCCGUAUACAGGCGUCAUUGUCAUUUAAUGCUUAACCAUUAGAUUAUACUGCCAAUGUAGCACUCCGCUUUAUCAUAAAACAUUACUAAACUACGGGUGUUUCUUUUAUGAGGCCAUUGUUAGUUGUCCCAUCUUGGGCUGCUCCUUCCUGCCUUGCACCCCUCCAAAUUGUUAAAAGGACAGCUUUGAGCUCCUGUGCAGAAAUACCACGGCCCCACCAUACACCAGUGUUUUUAUUUAAUCACCAUCAGCAGUAAGGAGUUGCCAUUUGUUGUUGGACAACGAUUUGGGAAAUGGGAUUGAACAAGAUAGAAACAACCGACUGCAGACACAACUUCACAAUUAAUGAAGAUUAAUAAAUGUACCCAGAAUUUUACAGACUCGCAUCAAAUGUAUGUUUUAAUCACAUGAAUCAUAUUAGCAGCUCACUACUCAAAGCACUAAAUGCAGAGAUGAUGCGGGAUUUGAACCUAUUACCUGAUAGUUGCUAAAUGGUAGCUGAUCCACUGUGCCAUUUGUGCAGAUCCCUGACAAAGUAGUGUUACCACUGUGACAGCCUGAAGAAAAUUAAACGCGCAAACACGUAUGCGAACCAUCUUUUACUUUGUACCAACUGAUAGUUGGGCUUCAGCAACAUGUCAUUUGCGCAUUUUCUUUUUCUUCAGUUUUACUCUACAAUAAAAUCACACUUGUUUUCUUAAA